AUGGCAGCAAAAUCAUCACUGCUUAAAGUAAUACUGCUAGGAGAUGGUGGAGUUGGGAAGAGCUCCCUUAUGAACAGAUAUGUCACCAACAAGUUUGAUGCACAGCUGUUUCAUACAAUAGGUGUGGAAUUCUUAAAUAAAGAGUUGGAAGUUGAUGGACACUUCGUUACCAUGCAGAUAUGGGACACAGCAGGCCAGGAACGUUUUAGGAGCUUGCGGACUCCUUUCUAUAGAGGUUCUGACUGUUGCCUACUGACCUUCAGUGUGGAUGACUCUCAAAGCUUCCAAAACUUAAGCAACUGGAAGAAAGAAUUCAUUUAUUAUGCAGAUGUCAAAGAGCCUGAAAGUUUUCCAUUUGUGAUACUGGGUAACAAAGUUGAUAUUGAUGAGCGGCAAGUGUCUACAGAAGAAGCUCAAGACUGGUGCAGGAAUAAUGGCAACCAUCCUUAUUUUGAAACCAGUGCAAAAGAUGCCACUAAUGUUGCAGCAGCCUUUGAAGAAGCCGUUAGAAGAGUUCUAGCCUCUGAAGACAGAUCAGAUCACUUUAUUCAAACAGAUACUGUAAAACUUAAUCAGAAACCGAAACCCAGUUCAUCUUGUUGUUGACUUAAACUUUAUUUGGCCAAAUUACUUUUGACUAGCUUGCUCUAUAAAAGGAUAGGGAAGGUGUAGUAGUUAAAAUAACAAAUGGAUUUCACUCUAAUAUUAAAAUUGUAAUAUUCUGCUGCUUUCUUGGGGGAGCAAAACAAAAAUUUUCAUGAGUGACCCAUUAUUGAAUUAGUGAAACUUUCUGUUUAGGAAGGUGUCAAGUAAAAUUAUUAAUAGAAGAAUGUAAUUUGCCAACUUUAUUGAAAUGAUGGAUAUUUUGAAUAUAAUUAAAACUUGAAAGUUCUAGAAGCACUACUUUGAAGAAACUGUUCUGGAAUUCAGGCACAAAGAUACUUUUGUAUGUGUAUAUUUUUAUGAAAUCAGCAUUCCAUUUUUGUUUCACUGGAAGGCAGUUUCUUAACAAUGCUAGAGAUUAAACUUCAGUCUCACUACAUUCCUUUUGCUGUGAGUGGUACUUCAUCUCCAAUGUGGUUAUUCUAAGUUAAUAUAAAUUACCUUCAGGUCUUCUCUGCCUAAUGUUGCUAUAAUUUGCAUAGGUUUUUAAGUAGGAAAUAAAUUUCCUACAUAUUUAAUGUCCAUUUUACUUUCAUUUACUAUUCCAAUGCUGUACCAUUUUUUUCCAGUGGUUUAAUGCAAGAUACUGAUGAUUUUUUUAAGUUAAUACAUGUCUUUGCCUUAAGUCUCAUUCUAGCAUGUUUCUGAUCAAUAAGGUAAAAAAUCUGAGCAACUGAAGUAUAACCAUUUUUAGUUAUGAAAAAGAUAUACUUUAUUCAGUCAGCUUUAAUAGCAUUUGAAGGGAUCUACAUUAUGACAAAUUUGUAAGAGAACUUUUAGUAUACAGCCUUAAAGUUCCAAACUUCUUGUUCCUGUUAAGCUGAGCUGUGAAUGUGUUUACCAGUAAUCUUCUGCACUGUGAAACUAAGGAUUGGCAAUACAUAGAGAACUCAGGAAGCUUUUGACUUAGAGUUGAUUGUGACAGCUUUCAGCCCUAAUACAAGUAAAUAUCUACAGCUAGUGAUUGAGCUGAAUUUGAUCCUUAUUUUAUCUGCUAUUUUAGGAUAUGGACUUAUACAUUUAAGACUAUUUUUUUAUAUUACUGUACUCAUGACAUGACAAACAGAAGCAAAUUCUGUAUUUAAUGGACAGUCUUUCUGCAGAAUGCAGAUGAAACCACAGAAGGUGUAUUUGAGGCCCUGCACUGCAGCUAAAUAGUGGAACACUCAUAUGAGUUGUUGAAUGUUGGCUCUCAGAGUACCCACUGUCCUUGCAGAAGCAAACUUGAUAGUGCACUAUUGCUUCAGCGUGUAAUCUGAAUGCAAAUGGGCACACACAUACACACAUUGUGGACUUCAAAAGGAAGUUUAAGGCCUGUAGGACAGGCCGUGUUGUUCACUAAACUACACAGACUGCUUUCUGUAUAAAACCUUCCUUGGUCCAAUAGAAAAGCCUUUCUUGAGAGUAUAGUAACAGCAAGAGUUUUCUCUUAACGUUAUCUGUUCAGUCUGUACCUGGUGUAAUUAUCUGGAAGUAAAGCUUGCAAAAGAAACCCUUCUUGGAGCUCUUAAUACACUUUUCUGAAUGUAUUGUGUCCUUCUGGAACCUGUCCAUGACUAUUUUAUUCCACAGAUCUGCUGCUUCUGCUUAAAAGUGACAUCUUUUUACCUUUUGUACAUUCUUAAAUCUAGUUCAUUCUUACAGUCCUGCAUAUACAGCAACAGAACUGUGUUUCAAGCUUCAGUCACUUAACAGCUACUUGUGUUUAAUUCCUAGUCAAUGAAUGAAAAGAUCUGUGAAGAAAAUCUUAGGUAAAUUCCUCUUUGCUGAAAGAGCAAAAAGCUUUUAAAACCCAGAUUGUUUGCUACUAAGCUAGUGACAUGAAAUCGGUGUAAAACUAAAGUUUCCUUUAACAUUCAUUUUAGCAUAGGUCAAGGCUGAAACAAAAUCAGAGGUGAAGUUACUGUGACUAGAGUACUACACAUGUGAUUCAAGUAAGACUGCUAAAAAACAAUUAAGAAUGAGAACUGUUGUGGUAUUUCUUGUGCCUAAGAGUCCACCUGUGUUUUCCCCAUCUGUCCCCCUUCUAUGUAACAUCAUGGUUCCCAAGCCUCCAUCUGAGAAGUACUUUUAAUAAAGUUACAGUAAACUUAA